CUUGCAGCAGCGGGAAGCCCGAGCGUCGCGGAAGAAUCGAUAGAUUUGAAUCUGUGCAGUAUCCAUUGCAGGUGGCGCGCUCGUACUUGAUCAUGGUCGGUGACGAACCCCAGCAAGCACGCUGUCGAGCUUGCCUACGUAUUCUAUGCAUGCCACCCAAUUAACGCGGGUAGAUAUAUGGACAAUGAAUCAGAAGUGCUAUGAUGAACAAUCGUCUCAUCAGCGCUUAACAUACUUCCUUCCGCUCAGUCUCGAUGACGAGAUGAGCUGCUAUUGCAGUAGGCUCCACAAGACUUCUUGUCAUGCAGGCAAGCCUCGUGGGUCGCUAUUUCCGCAAAUACAAUUAUUAUCAGCCUCAAGCGCCUGCUUAGACUUCCCCCAAUCUGCAUUAUCGAUCAUUCGAAGACCAUGGAGAGGUCCGGAAACGGAGCUACGUUGCGAUCAUUGAUGGCGUUGCUCUGCAGGGACCAUCAAUCAGAUGCUCGCGGCCUUCUGUCCAAGCACGCUCACGCGAUAUCAACUGUCCUCCGCCGCGGCGUCAGAGCGCGUUUCGCGCCUUCCCCCCU